UCUUCUGAGCUCAACUUAAAAAGACCAACAAAAAAAAAAAACAAAUUGGGAUCGUAAGGGGAAAUUAGGGUUUGACAAUCGACAUGGCUACAAAAUCAAGCGAGGAAUCGUUGAUCGAGACGGAGCCAAUGGAAACUUCCACCGGCGUUGAUACGUCCUUGCUAGGGAAGCGCAAGUUGGAGGAAACAGACGACCAGGAGGAUUCCGACGAAGAGGAAGUCGACGGAGAUGAAGAGGAGGAGGAAGAGGAGGAAGGUAGUGAUUUAUAUUGGGAGAAGGAUAGUUUCGAUGGGCGGGAAUAUCAUCCCUCUGACGACAGCGAGUACUCAGACGAGGAUCUACAGGAAAAAGCACGUUAUUACAAUCGCACGGUCAUCGAAACCAAGGGUUUCUUUGAGUCAUCGGGUAAACUCCCCUUGUACACUUGGUCUGGAAUUGCUGUAGUCUCGCAUCGGGAUCUUGAAACGAAAAUGUAUGGAGGUAUCACGGGUCGUGAGUUCGUCGGGGACAUGGCAUGUGAAUGUGUUGAAAAACACAACCGAAGAAACAAUAAGAAUGUGAAAUUCGAGCAUGUAUUGAGGGCUAAUUUCGACCCAGGAGCGAAGACUAAGUACUACAUCACCUUUGCUGCAAGAGAAUCUGACUCUCCUGAUGCGCCUCUCGUGGAAUAUCAAGCUAAGGUGGUUUGGUCUGCAGGCAUCACUUAUCCCAUCUUUUGCAGACCGGCUCCACCACCUAAUUAAACAGGGUUACAGGGGUAAUGUUGGACUAGAGAAGAGAGAAUCACAUUUUAGUUGAUUAUUAAACAUAGCAUAAUAUAAUAACCUGCUAUGGAUUUCCUCUUAUUUGUGAUGCACAUGUAAUUUCUACACUUGGUUAGAAGAGCAUUUGAUCGUAUAUAGUGGCAAUUGGUACACAAUUCACUUCUGAUUUCUUUUUUUACUGUCAAUGUGGUAGUUAAAAAGAGUAACUGAAGCGAUGGAAGAGAGCAGUUAAAAGAGAUUCAACAAUACUUCUUAUUUAUGUUGUAACUAUUUGCAUAUUUCGUGGAUUUAAAAGUUAUGAAAUUAUAAUAAUCUUUGUUUUUUUAAAAGAAAUUGUAAUAAUCUUUGAUUACUCGUGUAUGUAAUAUUACUAUUAUAAAUAUCAAAAUGUAAUUACGUUUGAUGCA